CUGACUCCCGGCAUGCACUGGGCGCGCUGCAGUUAGGCCACGUCCCCGGGCCACGUAGCUUGGCGCUCGCCAUUUUAACGGAUUGAAGCCAUCGGCUGCAGCGUCAGAGCGAGCUCCGCGGUCCCUGGGUCACCUGUCCUCUCCCUCAGCAGGACACACAGCACCAGCCGCCAACAUGAACGUCUUCAGGCUGAGCGGAGACCUGUCCCACCUCACCGCCAUCAUCAUCCUCCUGCUCAAGAUAUGGAAGAGCCGGUCCUGUGCCGGUAUUUCUGGGAAGAGUCAGCUCCUCUUUGCAUUAGUGUUCACUACUAGAUACCUGGAUCUCUUUACAUCCUUCAUUUCAUUGUACAACACCUCUAUGAAGCUGAUCUAUAUUGCCUGCGCAUAUGCUACAGUGUAUCUGAUAUACAUAAAAUUCAAGGCCACCUAUGAUGGAAACCACGACACAUUCAGAGUAGUGUUUCUUGUUGUUCCUGUUGGGGGGCUGUCAGUCCUUGUGAAUCAUGAUUUCUCUCCUCUUGAGAUCCUGUGGACUUUCUCUAUUUAUUUGGAAUCUGUGGCCAUCCUCCCCCAGCUGUUCAUGAUAAGUAAAACAGGUGAAGCAGAAACCAUCACCACUCAUUACCUGUUCUUUUUGGGUUUGUACCGUGCCUUAUAUCUCUUCAACUGGAUUUGGCGCUUCUUUUUUGAGGGAUUCUUCGACCUGAUUGCAGUAGUGGCAGGUGUGGUGCAGACCAUCCUGUACUGUGACUUCUUCUACUUGUAUGUUACAAAAGUACUAAAGGGAAAGAAGUUGAGUUUGCCAGCGUAAGUGCCAAAACUUUGGACCAGCGGCUGUCCUCUUCAGCAGUUGGACAGAACAAUCCUCUACCAUGAGUGAAGGUGUAAGAUGCCUGAAGCAG